GAGAGAGAGAGAGAGAUACUUGGUUAUUGUAUGAUCUUAAUGUGCACUACAACACUGUUAGGAAAUUUAGACGUCACUGAAGACUUUCAGACACUUGAGGGCGCUAAAAAGUUACUGCAGCACUGUUAAGUCACAUCACGCUCCUAACACCCACAGUGUAACUAAAGUGAAAAUAAAUAUAUAUGGUUGUGUACAUCACGAUUCCUGACAUCAACCCUUAUUUAAAAUGAACAUUAGUUGUGAAGCAAAACACUUGCAUGUUCGUAUGUCUGGUUAGCUACAUGCGAAUCUGUCUUUUGCUGUUAGCAUAUUGCAUUAUAAGGCUCAAAUUUACAAUGAGUAAAAAAUGACUAUUAUUCUUGUACAUUUGUCCCCUCCUGUGCUUUUGUAUACCCAGCACUCUGCAAUCUUUCUGAAAUCAUACUGAUUCAGUGUCUUUCACUUAAAAUAGAACAUGAUAACAGUCAAACACACAUCAAACAUUCUAUCAAAGCGCAGCAGUCCCCACACACUCGUUAUCUAACUCUGUGAUCUCAGCACUGUCGCUCCCCGUAUGACAGGUGUCAAAAAAACAAACUAGCCGCUGAUCAGUGCAUUGAUAAGCACAUGGGUGGGGGAUUUUACGGCUGCGUGGUGCAUCGACUCACAGGGCCUUUCGAAUAUAUGAAUAAUUUCCUCUCAGUGUCCCUUUUUCCUGUUCUGUGCAAAGAAUCUUAGCUGUCGACUCACUUCUUCUCUAGUUAGCCAUUAUCUUUGCUACCUAGAUCUCGUCUUACUUCCCUCCAGCUCGUUGGUUUCCACACUUUCUCACGAACAGUUAUCUGAACACCGCCUUUGCUGUUUUCUGUGAAGAAAACUGCGUACGUGUUUAGAAGUCUUAAAAGAAUAGUUCUCCGCUGGAGUAGACAACUUGCUCAUGCCAUAAAUGUAGUCAGGCGGCCAAAACGCUUGUUGUUUGAGGUUUUCUACUGGACCUACGAUGUUGCAAACAAGUAAUGGAAGUCUGUCACCCAAAGUCUUUCUAAAUGACACAGGCUCCUGUUAGAUUAGCCCCAUUGCUAAAUAAUCAAAGGAAGACAGAUCGACUGUUGGGAAAAACGGGGAAACUAUAAAUUUGAUUUUUCAGUGAACCAUUCCUUUAAAGGAAAUUGAUGUAAUUUUGAAGUGAAGAAGAAGAUAAAGCUGCCAAGGACGAUGUGUCUGUAAAGGUGCAUGUGAAGUACUCUGUUUUGGGUCUCCAAAACGCCUGUGUCACAUGAUCCAAGGACAGUGUUAGUGUUGGUGUGUUUUCUAAGUUGGGGCCUCCUAAGCUCUGAAGUGUGAAAAUUCUCCUUCCUGUGUGUGUGUGUGUGAGACAGAGAGAGAGAGAGACAGAGAGAGAGAGAGCGUGCGUUUCAGCCCCAAAGGAACACAACACAUGCAUCAGCACCAGCCCAACUGAAACUGAGUUGUGGCAAAAAGUCAGUAUUAUAAUGUUCAACACUCGCAAAUGUGCACCAAGAAUCUUGCAAAGUUCGACUCUCAUGUCUUGGUGCAAAACAAAAAUCCUGCUCAACGUGAACGAUUCAUGUUACAUAUUGAGCAAUCCAGCAUAAACGGAUGUAGUUCUUGUUGCAAAGUGAACUAUGAAACAACGAAUAACCGAAAGAACAAAACUCAAAUUGAAAAGUUCCUUGAAAGCAAGCCAGUGACGUCAUGAAACUUGUCUCUUGAAAGAACACAUUCAUUUCUCCAUGUCCCUGUCUCAUUUCUUCGGUCCCUGAGAGUAAUUUAUGAAGCAUUCUUUCGCUGUUUUACCCGUUUGGCUUCAUGUUGGCUGGAUUUUUUAUCAGUUUUGGCAUCAACAGUAUGCCUACUUAUGAAAGCUCUUUAUGAAAAGCUAACAGCUUAAAAUAGUAUUUAAGCGUCGCUGGAGUAGGCCUGCACAAUAACGUCCAAGACGAAAUGUAACCAAAAGCAAACCUCUCUGAGCAACAGCAAAUGAAUCAUGUAACGUGCACUGACAUCCUCCGGUUCACCCGCGAUCGUUCCAGUAAAUGCAGCAGGACAAUGUAAAAGCUACAACUGAAAGCUAUUCUCGGCAUGAGGAAGUGAAACGCGUGUAAAAACUGGCUUGCUUGCGCUUUCUGCCAGUGCCAGAGCUAAAAUCUGUAUGUUUAUUACCAUGGCUUACAUUUCUGUCGCGUGUCUUUGACUGAACGUAGCUUGUGAGCAUCUUUGCUAGUGUGGGUUGGAGGAGCUCUAAAGCAACGUUGCCACACACUGAGUUUGCAGGUGAGGAGUGUGUGCGCUCGCACUCGAAACUGAAAAUCUCCAGCAGUGGGAACGGAAUGUGUUGACGUGUUGUGAAGGAAUGCCCCUCCAACUUCAUUCACCAGCGCUGUAGAGUUUAACACAGCUGAGCGGAGCCUUCGCCUCCUCGAAGACAGCCAUCAUGCGUGCACGCGCGGCCGUGCUGUCUCUUUCUUACGCGUUUCUGCUCAGGUGGAUCUGGUCAGCACAGACUCUUCAGAAAGCUUCAGCAGUGUGUACAUGCAAGAAUCUGACCAUUUGUGAACAGUCCUGUAAUGCCACUGAAGAGAUCCAUGAUUUUAUUUGCUUUGGACAGCGAAUUGCACCAGACAUAGUUGAUUACAAAUGUAUAUGGAAUCUUAAGCCAUACAGCACAUAUAAACUCUACACACAACAGAGAUCAUGUAAACAAAGGGAAAUGGAAAACCAAUCCAUGAUAUCAAAGUCUUUUGCUCUAACAAAGCUAAAUAUGACUGCAUAUGCCAUUGCUGUGAGUGAAGAUCGGAAGAGAUGCACUAUCGCAAAAUUCACUGGAUUUCCCUCACAAAUGAUACGUUGUGACCCACCUAAUGAGAAUAACGUAAGAUUCAAGCGAAACCAAGGCUAUUUGAGUGUUACAGCUGAGUGGGGAGAUAAGAGUGUAAAGCAGUAUUAUGUGAAGUACAGGGAACAAAACAGCACAUUGUGGAAACAGGUGCAGUCCCAGAACACCAGAGACUGCAUCGUGGGGAAUCUUACCUCAUAUAUGUCUUAUGAGAUGCACAUACAAUGUGUUGUCACAACAGAGUGUCCACAGUGUCCCUUGAGUGAGGUCAUUAGCGUCCCACAAGAAUUUGUAGAUGCACCAACCAUAAAAGAAAUUAAUGAGAAGCCUUUCAAAACUGGACAGAGAAUAGUCAUCAUGGAGUGGCAGUAUGUGCACAGUGAGGCUGUGGAAAAUUAUAAUGUAACUAUCUCGAAGGCAUCUGGUGAACUUGCUGGAGUGAGCAGUUACAUCCUCAAAACACCUACCAUGAAACUAAUUCUGUGCUAUUCUGCCUACAUAAUCAGCAUCAAUGCCUUCAACAGAGCCGGAUUGUCUCCUCCUGUCUAUAGAUUCAUAGAAGCCAAAGAGAAUCAAAGUGCUUUGGAUGAAACAUUUAAUGUUAAUGUGAAAAGCAAUAACAGCUUCCGUCUUUCAUGGAAUAAAAAGUUGUCCCGGGAGUAUGCCUGCUAUUCUGUAGAAUGGUGGGGGAGUGGAGAGAAAAUAAGUUACGAGUCCUUCUUUGUGAAGAAACCCUACCAUGACAUCAAAACUAAGAAUGUCACAUUUCAGCCCUAUAAGAGAUACCACUUCUUCCUGCAUGCCAGGCCAGAUAAAGACACAUGCAACCUGAAGAACAUCAACGACAGUGAGCAGACCUAUGGAAGAGCCCAUGCCUACCUCUUAGAAGGAAUACCACUCACUGCUCCUGGGAAUGUGAGUGUCUCUAAUGUCACCCAGAGUUCCUUUGUGCUUACAUGGAGCCCGGUGGCUGAGGAGGACUUGUGUGGUUUCCUGCAAGGCUACAUAAUCUACUAUGGUGACGCCCUUGGCAACAUUAAAAAAAACAUCACAGUGGAUCCUCAUAUGAACAGCUACAAGUUGAUUAAUCUGCAAAGCCGAAAUGAGUAUCAUGUGCAGCUGUCCGCAUACACGGCUGCAGGACAGGGAAAGCGAAGUGCCUUAACGUACAUUAAAACAAACCCAGAUGCAAUAGCAAUAGGUGGAAUGCUGGCAGGAGUUGUCGUGGGGAUCAUCGCUCUGUUGCUGGCUGUUCAUGUCUGCUGCCGUCUUCUGCAUAGAUCCAAGAAUCUGCUAUGGCCAAGCAUACCAAAUCCAUGCAACAGUAAUGCUGUGCAGAAAAUUGAAGGUGGUCAGGAAUUGGAGAUGUUUGAGCCCCUCUACAGACAGAAUCUUGAGGAAACUGAGGAACAUGUAAGUGUGGUAGAGGUCAAAAAGGAUGCAUGCUGUUCCAGCAAACUCGCUUUCAUCUCGCAGGACUGUAAAAAGGCCACCCUUACACCUGUAACAGUGGCUGAGGACACUCUGACUCCUCAGUCUCCUACACAUUUAAGUACCACAGACUCUGUAUCUGCUGAGGCCAUUCUCACAGACAGUAACAAGAAUGAUUCUGCACUUGUCCCACCCAUUAACACCAGUGACAGCAGUGAAGACAGCACAGCCAACACUAUGGUUGACACCUCAAAUACAAGAGCUAUAGACUGUGUCCCCACAACUGUAGCAAAACCAGCUGUGGUCUUUGUUAGUGACUACACUACCAUGGAGCUGUUCCAGCAAAUAUCCAAGGCUGGGGAUCAGGAUCCUCCCAGCCAGACGGGCAACUCUGACACAGUGCCCUCAAAUUCAGGACAGGACUACAUUCGCCAGGCACUCAGUUUUGCGGAGAAUUCACAACAUGAGAGAUGCUUCUGAUAAUGCAGACUGUAUCACUGUGCACCAACUUUAUGAAAUGUAUGCUGCAAAUUAUAAAUCUAUUUUCAGAAUAAUGUCUUCAUAUAUGUAUACUAAUUUAGAGUUACCAAGAAAACCAAAAAUACAUAUAUCAUCACUGUCCUAAGAAAAACAAGCACCUCCAAAAUAACAGGAGAGGGCAAAAACUUUCUUUACUUUAAGUGUAAUUUAAUAUAAAGAGAUUUUUUCAGUGCAAUUUUGGAGCAUUUCUAUUUUUCCAGUAAUCAUGAAAUUUUCACAUAAAGUAAAGGACAGCUGAGCCCAACUAAUAUAUACACGAGUAUUGCCAUGAGUGGCAACCCAUGGGGUCCAAGGACUCUACCUUAUGUGCAAACAUGGGGCCUUGCCUUUUAUACAGACAAAUAAACAGUCAGAGUUUUCAUGAUUUUUUAAGUGUCUCCAACUAUGUAUGCUCAAUUCUGAACGGGUUGACCUUUUGACCUUUGUGUUACAAGCAAUAAACAUUUUUACAAAUAAUCCACAAUUCCUGACAAUUUGUGACAAAACUUGUAAUUGCAAAGUUGUUCAGCUCUAAGUCUUUAAUCACUUGACAACCUUCAAUCUCCAGUUUACAGACAGUAAUGAUUAUGAUUUUGAAUAAAUUUAAAUGUAUUUGUGGGCUGGUAACAGCUUACUGGCCAACAGUGGCCAUCUAUUCCAUGCAUGUAUUCAUCCUCUCUUACACACUACCUCAAAAACAUAGUAUGCCCAAUUCCAUCUUGAUCAGAUAUGCAGAACCUGAGAAAAAAAAGCAAACUGUAUGAUAUAGCUAGGAGUCGACUGAUAUAAUUUUUCCAGGGCCGA